CAGAAUCAAACACGAAAUAAACGCUGUUUCUGUCUUUGGCCCCGUUUCGCUUUGUGUCGGCCUGCGGACCAACCUUCCACCCUUCCACCCUUCGGAACAAGCAGGGUGCCACCAGGGCAGUGCCUAGAUGUGAAUCCAAUCAUGACUCACGCUGCCUACUCACCACCUGAUUGAAUGCUCAUGGCAGCCUGGGAAUUGGGCCAUUCCUUCCACUUCGGGUUAGCCACGUCCCCAGGCUUCGACUCAAAAGUGCCUGGCAAAAGGUCCCCUCGAUUCAUCAUACGCUCAAUGCACUGAUGUGUCCUACCAUUGGCCUGGUCCACACCUCGAGGCUAUAAACUGCAUGGCAUCCUCCUCUCCUCUAUCCCAUUGAUUCUUCUUCUUCUACCACUCACAUCUGAUUGCCUCUACAUUGACCUUUCGUUCAAUUCUUCUACAACUCACUGUCCAGUGCCAUCGCAGUCGACAAGGCUGCUGCUCAAUUCCUUCCCAAUACCUCACCACACAGUCACGCUGUCGUCUCAACGUACCACCACCUACUACUAUUACCCCAAGAGGUCGCAUACUUUGGAUGACUUGAUUCCUCAGUAUCAAUACAUCACCAUCACCCGUGCUCCGACAAGGCCUCAAACGCCUCCACCUUCUACACCACCCUUGACAUAUUCCAAUACUUCCACUCCCACCACCAGAUCACCGUCGACACCAGUGGAAAAGAUGGCCAGAGGUCCGACCACUCAGCGCGUGGUUAACUUCGCCAAGGAAGUCACCACCAGACGCCCACUACGCGAUGACGAGUACUCGGUUAUGUCUCACUUCGCCCGGCACGCUUCCAAAUGCAAAGCCUGUGCCAAUCCAUAUGCCUCGUGGAAACAGGACAUUGAUCUUUGUGACCGAGGCUGGAGUUAUGCCAGAGACGUUGCCAGAUACACGUACUCCAAAGGAGGAAGACCCUUCUCCAUUAUUGACCGACGGAGGGGCGAGUAUGUCCAGCUCGAGAUCCCACCCGAAUUCGAGGUCAUCAACAGUCUCCUCAAAGCCUGGGAUCAUGGCUUGUCUCUGAACAAGAUCAAGAAACCUGUCAUCGUUGUGCCCCAGACCCCAAAGCGUGACGCUGUAGAGGCUCCCAAGGUUGUCUCCGCAUCCAACGACUACGUCUACGAAGAUACCCCACGAGACAGGCGGUCACGUAACUACGACGUGGUCGAGAUCAUCCCCAGCUCAAGCCGUCGUGACCGAAGGGAGAAGGCAUACCGCAACGACCGAGGCGAAGAGCGAUACCGGUACGAACGAAGAGAGAGACCUGUCAGCUACUACGAGAGCAAAGGGAGUCUCUACGAACGCGAUGAAGAAGAGAAAAGACGUCGACAACGGUAUGAUGAGCAACCCAUCGUCAUCAUCGCCGAACCUACACGGCGGUAUGCCAGACGGUGAAAGACCAGGCGCUUCAGGGAGUUACGAGUUAAUAGUUUGACUUUUCCACGAUCAACAUGUAUCAACAAUGAAACCAACAAGACAUUGGCCCAAGUGGGUGGUCCAGCAUCACAAGACAUGUUCGACUUAAAACAAUUCAGUCGAGUCUUUGAGCGGCCCCCACAUCAUCUGGAUGGCCCGGCGAUGAACCAAUAUCAAAAGGAGAGCCCGGCUUGCAACAGUCCAGUCGAGCUCAGGCUCGCAAUACAGCACACCACAACAUCAACAUCAAGGAGGAUUCGAGGUGGCACUCGUGUUUGGUCUAUGAUUGAUUGUGUAUGGCUUAUGGUCUCUUCGGGGUUGUCUUGAUUGCAUUUGUCAUUGACUCCGCCAUUUAUUGCUAUCUGCUUUUGCUCAUUUGGUGCGCCUUCUUCUUACCUCAUUCACAGCUCCAAAAAAAAAUCACUUGCUUCAUUGGGCUGGGGCUGGGCGUCUGCUCGUUUCCCACGCUGCGAACACAAGUGGUCUCCUGGGAAGGGGGCCGAAACAAGGAGUAAUCUGGUUAUGAUAUGAGAUGGCAAAAUAGCAAUGCAUAUGCAAAGUUUUCUUUGGAUCAGAGUACAGACAUGUCUUUGUGGCCAACGGAGGGAGGUUAGGGAGGUGAAUGGCCCCGACCAGGCUGACCGCGAGCCUGAGACUCAGGAGGGUGUGCAGGCGUCACGCCCGUAUCACGAUACCGGGCCUCAACGGGGCUCUGCGGCCCUGACAAGCUGAGUCUCAAAUUGCCGCACACCUUGAUUACUCAAGAUUCGGGGCCAAGCAGAUUUGGAACUUUGGGUCUGAUGUUGCCUGCAAGGCCUGCUCCUCCAUGCAGGUUUUUCUUAGGUCAGCGCCCUUGCUUGAGCCAAGAGACAAGUCCUUUUCCCCGCGCUGAAUUGCCGGAGAAUGGAUAUGGGAAGGACUUUUAUUUAGAUACUGUAGCUUAUGUAGUCAUGUCCUCGGACAUAAAGACACAGUGGUCCAAAACAAGUUCUACAAUCAAGAACGAUCAAAGAAGGGGUUCUCUCGAUGCUGGCGAGCUGGUAAGAAAAUGCU